AUUAUUUUUGUCCCGAUCUUAAAAUGCGGGAUUAAAAUAAGUUCAAGCUGGGUCACAUGACCAGUGUCCAUAUUGUGGACAAGGUGGGCGAGCGGGUUACGCCAGUCGCAAAGUAGCCUUUGUCUAGAUCCUACGAUUAGCCGGGUGUUUAUUUAUAUUAUGUGAUAGGUAUAAUUAUACGGCCUAUCAAAAUUUAUCUAUGUUAAAAAGGAUAGAACAAGGGUAGCAAAGAUGUCGUCGGAUUCUGAAGAAGAAGCACUUACAACUCGUGACUAUCAGGAAAUAGCAGAAGAAAUUGAAAAGUAUAAAAGAGAUCCAGAAACCUCAGAAAUGUUUGUGUCGGGCUGGGAUGAUGCUGACGUUGGUGUUGACAUUGUGAAAAAUCCAAAGGACAAUCCAAUAGAUCAUAUUUUAUGGGCUGCUGAAAACGGUGAACUGGAGACUAUAAAGGAUAUUCUAAGUAAUCACCCAGGUCUAGUCCAUGCCAAGGAUUCAGAUGGAUACUCUCCUCUUCAUAGAGCAUCAUAUAGCAACCAUAUUCAUGUAAUAUCAUACUUGCUUAGUGUUGGAGCCAAUGUUCAUGCAAAAACAGAGCUUGGUUGGACACCAUUACAUUCAGCAUGUAAAUGGAAUAAUUAUGCUGCUGCUGCUCGAUUACUUGCGGCAGGAGCAAACCCAGCUGCUUUGUCAAAUGGAGAACUAACACCACUACAUUUGUUAUCUUCUAUUGGUCAGUCCAAAUCUACUUUGUUGAUUUUAUUUUUAAGAGAAGACAUUGUAGAAAUUGCUCAAAAGCCAAAUAAUUCAAAUGAAACUCCUAGAAUGCUAGCUUCUGGUCAUGGAAUCUAUGCACCUCUGUUUGAAAUGGUUCUCCCAGCAGCAUCACACAUUCGAUCUUUAGGGUUCACAUGCAAUCCUUAUAUACGAAAAUCUAUAUACGAACUAUCAAGUUAAAUGUAACAACAUUGGAAAUUAUGUAUGAAGCUAAGAAUAAGCAUAAAAUAGUUUAAUAUGCUUAUUGUUACACAAUUCCCAAACUACUUUAUAUAAUAAUUAAAAACAUAUUAAAAAUACAAACUUUAA